CUUUUAUUAAUAUUUUCCCUUUUCUUGUUGUUGUUGUUGUUGUUGUUGUUGUUGUUGAUGCAUUUGAGGAAGUGACUCAUUGGUAAGGUUUCUCAUAUCCAAAUUAAGUUGAACCAGCCGUGCAUGAUGGAUCAUUCCAUGGACCAGAGCGAACAUACAACUGAAAACUGGAUUAAUGUUCAAGAAUUACUAAAACAGAAACUGAUUCUUGAAGAUUGUUUCACAUGGACCAUUUCUUCACCUGACAUGAGUUCUGUAGAGAUUUCUAGACAAAACAAUCUGAAGUUCAUUGGAGGGGUUGAUGUGAGCUUCUUGAAAGAAGAUCCAUCCAUGGCUUGUGCUGCUCUGGUGGUUGUUGAUGCUGAAACAUUGGAUGUUGUGCAUGAAGUGUUUGAUGUUGUUCAGUUGCAAAUCCCAUAUGUUCCUGGUUUUCUAGCUUUUAGGGAGGCUCCUAUUCUUCAAGGUCUCCUGGAUAAGAUGAAGCAAAGUGCUCAUCCGUUCUAUCCUCAGUUACUGAUGGUUGAUGGCAAUGGCUUGCUGCAUCCUCGAGGUUUUGGUUUAGCUUGUCAUGUUGGUGUUCUUGUUGAUCUCCCUGUCAUUGGGGUUGGUAAAAAUUUGCAUCAUGUGGAUGGUCUUACCCAGUCCAGCGUGAGGAAACUUUUUGAAGCGAAAGAAAACAAUGACAAAGAUCUAAUCUGCUUAGUUGGAAAGUCUGGGCGAGUAUGGGGAGCUGCAAUGUGCUCGACUCAUGGUUCAACAAAACCGAUUUAUGUAUCAAUUGGUCAUCGCAUAUCUCUUGAUUCAUCCAUCAAGAUUGUGAAAAUGUGCUGUAAGUUCCGUGUUCCUGAGCCAAUCAGGCAGGCUGAUAUAAGAUCAAGAAUAUUUAUCCAGCAGUUCAAAGGGUCGUCAUCAAUGCAUAAAUGACCAGCUGGUAGCCGCAAAACAUGCGGUGUUCAUCAAAGAAACAUGAUCCUUUGGUUUAUAUAAGGCUUAAGAAGGAUCAUGAAUGUAGUGUGGGCUAACUACGCAAGCUUCAAGCAUGCGGGCGUCUUCAUUGCUGCUGCUGCUGGUGCUGACCAUGACUUUGGAGACAGUUUCCACCUCAAGGCGCACGGGUUGUGCAUUUUCAUCACCUUCACCGUCAACACCUCUUGUAUCUAUUGACUUUACUACCGUUGAUGCAUCAGAAGACAUGAAAACUGAGGAUCAUGCUUUCUUGGAGGAUAAGUUGAUUGCGCGCGAGGAAGACUAUGGUCAUGUGGAUCCUACACCAGUGAUGAACCCCGGUGGAGGGGGAGGUACUAUUCCCCAUGCGGUCAUGCCCAGCAAUGUUUGAUGCUUUGCAUGUCUUCUGGCAGCAAGAUGAAAGCCGCGUUUACCAUGCAUGUAUUUGUGCAUUAGAUAGAUAGGCCUGGAGAUAUUCUUUCCUAUGCUCUCGACUGUACGGCUACCGUUUCGAAUGCAAUAAAGCCAUUGAGCUAUAUC